AUGGCCACCGCCUCCAACAUUUGUCUCACUGGCAACGAGAAGUUGUCCUUUGCCAUCACACCGCUGAGGCUCGACUCGGCCAGCAAGGCAUCGGAACUUCUGAACGUGAACCAUGUCAAGUGGGACACUUACCUGAACGACCAAGGUCACCACAAUCACCUAGUCCACCACAUCCUCACUCUCUACGCCCUCGGCGCCACCCCCGACGAGAUCCAAGCCGCCUACGACGAAGAUGUCAACCACCAGCGAAUCGCCUUCCCGCCCUACCAGAAGAUCAUCGACGAGAUCCACACCCCGGCCGGCUUCAACAAAUACCUCGGCGACUACACGCAGUACACCAACUACCUGGUCUACUUCACGGCCGAGGUCGAGGCCAAGGGCGUGCCCAGGGUGCUGGACGAGUAUUUCUUCGCGGGCGAUGAGCGCGCCAACGACAUGCUCUCCCGCCUCUUCGUCGGCUUCGGCCACGCCUUGAUCCACCUCGGCUACGCCAUCGAGUUCCGCCAGCCCGCCCUCGUGGCGGAGGCGCUGGCGCAGACGGCGGUGCAUGAGCCCUGGGGCAAGGAUUUCUUCGAGGCGGCCGAGCGUGCGGGAGAGGUUCACAAGAAGGCCGCUUCGGGUACUGACGCGACCAUGCUGGAGUUGCUGGAGGAGACGCGCCAGCAGAUCUUGCAGCAGCCGGAGGCGGCGGACUACGGGUACAGGGACAACUGCAUCAAGUACGGCAUCGUGCAUCUCGGAUCGGAGCGCCUGCUGCCCGUCCUCGCGAAGUGGGUCGUUCGGAGUGAGGAUGAUCUCGCGCAGAAGACGGCAGAAAACAUCGACGCUUCUGUAUUCUACAACGUCGCCGCCCAGCACCCCCCGCACAUCCCCAAGAUCGACUUCUUCUACCUCCACUCCACCACCGUCUCCGUCCACUUCAUCGACUUCCUGACCAACCCCUGGCUCUCCCCCGCCGCGCGCGUCCGCCUGCUCGAAUGGAAGGGCCGCUGGGACCUGGCCAACUACGCCUCGCGCGGCGCCGCGCAGCUGCUGCGCGACGAAGUCGCUGCCUACCCCGCCGACCGCGGCGGCUGGGACAGCGUCAUCGCCCGCGCGAACCGCUACAUCCACGAGGAGGAUAGCGGACAUACGGCGAAGAUGAUACGUGCGGUUGUGGCGGGCUGGAGGUUUUUGGAGGGGAGGGAGCGGAAGGGCUUCGCGCUGGAGUCGGAGGAGAUGUGGCUCAAGGCCGCGUCGCUCGGGAUGGAUUCGGUCGAGGCGGGGUCGCCGGUGUGGGUGAGGGGCGCGGGGUUUGAGGAGGGGUGGGCGGAUAUUCCGUUGAGGGAGGGGAAGAAGGCGAACUUGUGA